AUGCCUACAUCAGGAAUAUUAAAAAAUACAAUAACUGUGGAAGACCCAUCAUUGAAGAAGAGACAUUCCAUUAUAUCCGGGAGAAGUGAUUUCUGGUCGUCGUCAGAUGAAGAUGAAGGUGUCCAGCCGCAUGAGAAAGCAAUCGCCGCUGGUCAACCAAAUCCACCAUACUGUGUGCGCAAUGUGGAGCAGCAUGCUUUCGGAAGACGAGAAAUCGAAAUUGCUGAACAGGAGAUGCCAGGGAUUAUGGCGUUGAGGGCUCGAGCCAAAGAAGACAAGCCAUUGAAGGAGGCAAAGAUCGUCGGAUGCACACACAUAAACGCACAAACGGCGGUACUUAUAGAAACUUUAGCGGCACUGGGAGCGACAGUCCGUUGGGCGGCCUGUAACAUCUAUAGCACGCAGAACGAAGUAGCUGCUGCGCUGGCGCACGCUGGUUUCGCGAUUUUCGCCUGGCGUGGUGAAAGUGAAGAGGCAUUCUGGUGGUGUAUUGAUCAAUGUUGUACGCCGACAGCCUCUUGGCAACCAAACAUGAUUCUUGAUGAUGGAGGAGACGCUACGCACCUCAUGCUUAAGAAGCACCCAACUGCUUUUAAACAGAUCAAAGGUAUAGUAGAAGAGAGUGUGACAGGCGUCCACAGACUAUACCAGCUGAGUAAAGCGGGGAAAUUGUGCGUUCCCGCAAUGAAUGUCAACGACUCGGUCACUAAAACCAAGUUUGACAACUUGUAUUCUUGCCGUGAAAGUAUAAUAGAUGCGCUGAAACGUAGUACGGAUAUAAUGUUUGGUGGGAAGCAGGCUGUUGUGUGUGGCUAUGGUGAAGUCGGGAAGGGGUGCUGUCAGGCGCUCAAGGCUCUGGGAUCUGUGGUGUAUGUGACGGAAAUAGAUCCUAUUUGCGCCCUUCAAGCAGCAAUGGAUGGCUUCAGAGUUGUCAAAUUAACUGAGGUGAUACGACAAGUGGAUGUAGUGAUCACAGCGACGGGCAAUAAGGGCGUCGUGACACGUGAGCACAUGGAGCGUAUGAAGAACGGCUGCAUCGUGUGCAACAUGGGUCACAGCAAUACAGAAAUUGAUGUCCACGCGUUGAGAACACCAGAUCUGUUAUGGGAACGGGUUAGGAGUCAAGUGGACCACAUAAUCUGGCCGAACGAUAAACGCAUAGUCCUUUUAGCGGAGGGCCGCCUCGCCAAUCUCUGUUGUUCCUCUCUGCCGUCUUUCGUGGUCUCCGUAACAGCUGCCACCCAGGCCUUGGCGCUGAUCGAGCUGUAUAACGCGCCACAGCAUAGAUAUAAGGCUGACGUCUACCUCCUACCGAAGAAAAUGGACGAAUACGUCGCAUCACUACAUUUACCGACAUUUGACGCUCAUUUGACGGAACUAACAGACGAACAGGCAAAAUAUCUUGGCCUCAAUAAAGUCGGUCCGUUCAAGCCGAACUACUACAGAUACUAG